CUCCCUCAAAGGGUCCGCCCCUCCCGGCGCUUCUUCCGGGUGGGGCCCCGGGCGGAGGAGAUGGCUCCCUGGGCGCUCCUCAGCCCUGGGGUCCUGGUGCGGAGCGGGCAUACUGUGCUGACCUGGGGGAUCACGCUGGUGCUCUUCCUGCACGAUACCGCACUGCGGCAGUGGGAAGAGCAGGGGGAGCUUCUCCUGCCCCUUACCUUCCUGCUCCUCGUGCUGGGUUCCCUGCUGCUCUACCUGGCCGUGUCGCUCAUGGACCCGGGCUAUGUGAAUGUCCAGCCCCAGCCACAGGAGGAGGUCAAGGAGGAGCAGACAGCCAUGGUUCCUCAAGCCGUCCCCCUUCGGCGCUGCAGAUACUGCCUGGUGCUGCAGCCCCUGCGGGCCCGGCACUGCCGUGAGUGCCGUCGCUGCGUCCGCCGCUACGACCACCACUGCCCCUGGAUGGAGAACUGCGUGGGGGAGCGCAACCACCCGCUCUUCGUGGCCUACCUGGCUCUGCAGCUGGUGGUGCUUCUGUGGGGCCUGUACCUGGCAUGGUCUGGCCUCCAUUUCUUCCAGCCCUGGGGGCUCUGGCUGAGGUCCAGCGGGCUGCUCUUGGCCACCUUCCUGCUGCUCUCUCUCUUCUCUUUGGUGGCGGGCCUGCUCCUCGCCUCCCACCUCUACCUGGUGGCCAGCAACACCACCACCUGGGAGUUCAUCUCCUCGCACCGCAUCGCCUACCUCCGCCAGCGCCCCGGCAACCCCUUCGACCGCGGCCUGACCCGCAACCUGGCCCACUUCUUCUGCGGAUGGCCCUCAGGGUCCUGGGAGACCCUGUGGGCCGAGGGGGAGGAGGAGGGGGAGGAGGGCAGCAGCCAGGCGGUGUAGGGUUGCUGGAGGCAAGGCCACCAUCUUGUGCCUGAAAACCAGAGGGGCUGCCCCCAGCUGGGGUCGGCGUUCGGAGGGCCUGGGGUUCUUCACUCCCCGCCCCGCUCCUCCCAGGCCUCAGAGCAGAGCUGAAAUGACAGAGCUCCUGCCACAAUAGGCAGUCCCGCCCUCUGAAGGAAGGAGAGGAGGCAGAGGACCCGUGGGGGGCUCGGGCACAAGCAGCCUGGGCUUCCGAGACCCCCCCACCCCGCCCCCCAAAGCCAGGAUGCCUCCAUUGCACAGUUUUAUAAGUUUAAUCAUCCGUAAAGCAAAUCAAAUAUUAAAAAACCAAACCAAA